UCGGCUUCCCUCUCUCAACCUCCCACGAAGGGGUCAGCGGAGCGUUCUUCCCCAGCUCCGUGCUCAGAAGGGGACAAGCGUUGGGAUCUGCGGCACUGGUGGGGAUGCAGAGCACUGCGCCCCCAUCCUCAUCCUCCCCUGAUGAGGCCAUCAUGGCACCUCCUCCUCCUGUUCCCCAGGAGGACACAAAAGCCCACCAAGAGCUCUUGAAAAGGUUGGCAAGCCUCAAUCUACAGGCUGAAGAGGUGGAGGAGCCUUCGGACUCCCUCUUUGAUGUCCUCUCAGCCACAGCGCUGGCCAGGGUGGCCCUCCAGCUCCACAAAGGGGUGGCAAAGAUCCCCAAUACCCUGUGGCAGACCCCGUCUUCCUUGCCCCCCAUAUCUAAGAGGGCAGAGCGGAAGUAUUUCGUGCCCUCCAAGAGGCAUGAAUAUCUAUACACUCACCCCGCCCCCAACUCCCUAGUGGUCAAGGUGGUCAACCACAAGGAGUGUCAAGGCCAACCUGCUCCCACCCUUAAGAAUAAGGACUCGAGGAGGCUGGACCUGUUUGGUAGAAAGCUUUAUUCUUCCUCGAGCUUCCAACUGAGGGUGGCAAACCACCAAGCCCUGCUAGGCAGAUACGACUUUAAUUUAUGGGGCUCAAUGCCAAAGUUUACGGACUCCCUCCAGGAGCAUGAUAGGAAGGAGUAUAAGGCCCUGGUGGAGGAGGGCACUGCUUCUGCCAGGGUGGCCCUUCAGGCAGCCUCGGACGCAGCGGACAUGGCUGCAAGAACUAUGACCUCUGCGGUGUCCAUGAGGAGGGCAUCGUGGCUCCUCUUGUCCAGGUUGUCCAUCGAGGCACAGAGCUCCCUGCAGGACCUCCCCUUCCAUGGCAAGGCCCUGUUCGCGGAGCUAACAGACAUGAAAUUACACAGUCUCAAGGACUCUCGCCGACCUUAAAGACUCUUGGUCUCUAUGUCCUGGCCCUGGCCAAGUUUAAGCCUCAGCAGGCCCCCAGCCAGCUCACCCACUCCAGAUACAAGCCUCCUAAUUUAAAAAAUCCAGGGAUUAUAAGAAGCGACAGGCUCAACCUGCACCCCAGUCUGGCCCCUCUAAGGGCAAGCAGGCGGGUAAGCGCCAGUUUUGAUGGGACACCCAGGGACGACCUACCAGUCUGCACCAGGGAUCCACCCGACCUACCCUUCUCCAACCACCUAUGUACUUUCCUCCCAGAGUGCUCGAUACUGACCUCAGACCGAUGGGUCCUCAAUACCGUCUCCCGGGGCUAUACCCUCCAGUUUCUCUCUACCCCACCUACCCACCCUCCCUCCCCAUCCCUUUUCAGGGACCCCUCUCAUGAGAGCCUACUUGAGCAGGAGGUGAGGCGGCUCCUUCACCUAGGAGCGGUGGAGGUGGUGCCUGUGGCGUUCAGAUGAAAAGGAUACUACUCCCGCUAUUUCCUUAUCCCGAAGGUCAAAGGGGGCCUCAGGCCCAUCUUGGACCUGC